AAAAAGAUCUUCAGGAAUUGCUUGUCUCACAGACUCACGAGAACACUUGUAUCAGUCUGUAAUCUAUUCAGCCAACGUAGAGGGCAGUAAAAUGUACUUAUUCUGGUUUUGUGCAUGAACACCAGGCUGCUUUUCAAGAGCUCUGCGAUUGAGGUAUAGCAUCAGUGAGACCGUGAUCCCUGCAAAUGCCAACUUUAGAGAGAGAGAGGGAGCAAACGAGAGAGAGAGGGUGUGAAAAACUGCAGCAAAGAUCAGAUAGCAGACAAGGGUGAGAGAGAAAGAAAAAAGGAGAGAAAAAGAGAGAGCGGUGUUUUAAACGCUAAAAGAGAGAAUCACUGAUGAGGUGUCGCACCGGAACAUUAGGGAAUCUCUGGACACGCAAGACCCUCGAGGAUGACCACGGCAGUGCUGAGAUUACUGAAACGUCAGAACAACUCUAGGGAACGCUGAUGGAACGUUCUGAGGUUGUUAGCAUAUAAUCUGCAGGCUUUAGAGAAGAACCUCCUUCGAAUACAUGCGUACAUGUGUGCGAGUUUCCUUCUGUGUAUGUGACGCUAAAGAUGAGGACCUCGUUGGACAGUCAGGAUCCCUUUUUUUUCUUUGAAAGGGUGUUUUUUCCUGCAGGGGAACUGUGAGAAAUUCAAUGGAAUCAUGCUUUAGCUCAACUUCAGAUCUCUCUUUUACAUAUUUCCAUGCACACAAAGGGAAGAAAAAAGGCAACACAAACUGAUCCAGAGCUGCUUUGGUACUCUCUCCCACUUACGGAUUGGUUCUGGCCAGGCAGAGUGGCAUGAGUGUGGGCAAGCCCCACCGCUACAACAUUGUGUCAUCGUCGGAGGAGGACGUGUACCGCCACGGCAACAUGCCCGCCCUCGGCAAUGGCUUUGGUAACGGCAAAAUCCAGACACGCCGGAAGGUGCGGAGCCGCUUUGUAAACAAGACAGGCCAGUGCAAUGUCAGUUUCUCUCAUAUGGACGAGCAAUCCCAGCGCUACCUCGCCGACAUCUUUACCACCUGUGUGGACAUUCGCUGGCGCUGGAUGUUCGUCCUUUUCUCCCUUGCAUUUGUCCUGUCUUGGCUCGCAUUCGGGUUCGCCUUCUGGCUUAUUGCUCUUGUCCAUGGCGACUUAGACCGGCCCUCUCAAGACGACUUCACACCAUGCGUCAUGCAGGUCAACAGCUUUGUCGCAGCAUUCUUGUUCUCGGUUGAGACGCAAACGACGAUUGGCUACGGAUUCCGCUGCGUGACUGAGGAGUGUCCUUUAGCGGUGUUCAUGGUCGUCUUCCAGUCCAUUGUGGGGUGCAUCAUUGACUCUUUCAUGAUUGGUGCCAUCAUGGCCAAAAUGGCACGACCUAAGAAACGGGCAGAAACGAUACUGUUCUCACAAAAUGCUGUCAUCGCUAUGCGUGACGGGAAGCUGUGCCUCAUGUGGCGGGUUGGGAACUUGAGGAAAAGUCACAUUGUAGAGGCUCACGUACGGGCACAGCUAAUUAAGCCCCGAAUCACAGAAGAGGGGGAGUACAUACCUCUCGAUCAGAUCGACAUCAAUGUGGGAUACGACCAAGGUCUUGACCGCAUCUUCCUGGUUGCUCCCCUCACCAUCCUACAUGAGAUAAACGAGGAGAGUCCGUUGUUUGGAAUCAGCAAGCAGGACCUGGAAACGUCAGAUUUUGAGAUAGUGGUCAUACUGGAAGGGAUGGUCGAGGCGACUGCGAUGACGGCUCAGGUGCGUAGCUCAUACCUGGCCAGCGAGAUUUUAUGGGGUCAUCGCUUUGAGCCUGUGGUGUUUGAGGAACGCAACCAGUAUAAGGUGGACUACUCGCACUUUCACAAGACCUACGAGGUUCCCUCAACGCCACGUUGCAGUGCCAAAGAUAUGGAGGAGAACAAAUCCUUGGAAUCUGGCGCCAACUUCUGCUAUGAGAAUGAGUUAGCCUUCAUUAGUAGGGAUGAAGAGGAGCAGGAAGAGAACAGGGCUGAGAGGGGGACUGAGCUAGAGACCCUUUCAGCCAAUCUGAACUUCGAUCAGAGGUCGUAUCACAAAGAAUCUGAAAUAUGACCUCUGAUUGUCACCUUCGAAAACUUUGCUUUAUCGUAGACUCAGCCUAUUCUUUUAGCGUCGGUUGUAACGAAUAGAUACAGAGAAAUGCAAGUGCCAUAUGAAACCUUGACCCACUGUCCUAGUGCCAUGCUUUAGUCGAGGGCAGGUCAGGAAAAGAAAGUGCUUUUUGUAGUUGUCAGAAAUGUGAGGCCUUCCUGUAGGAAAACUUGAAAUCUGAUUAUCUGUUUCAUACUGUAGUUUGAAGUGAUAGCUUUAAGUAGUAUCAUUAUGCAAUACUAAGCUAGCCUGGGUGCCAUACUGACUAAAUCUUUGUCUUGUAUACAAAAUUUGCACAAAAUAGGUUGUUAACCACUACUAGUGUUUUUGCUUGGAUAUUGAGUAGGACAUGAUACACUCUUGUUUAGUGUUAUUUACAGCAAUAAAGUGACUUGAAGACUUUAUUUAUGCUCUCCAUAUUCUACUGAUUUUUUCCCACUACGUCAGAGCAAAGACUGCAAUGUCUGAUAGUUUUAUUUUUACCAUGUAAUGAGGUACUACUAUAGAGGUGUGUGGAAAAUAAUUAACACCUAAACAGACACUGCCAACUGACAAUGAGCACAAUGGCUCCCAGGCUAGCAAAUAGCAAAGACACAAAACUAUUUAUUCAGCAUUAGAAAGUGAGUAGAUAAAUAUAUGAGUAUGUGAGCAGAUGAGUGAAAGAUAAGACAUGAUGGGAUACAGUUAAACUCUUUUUUUUCCCCACAACAUACCACCAUUCACAUUCAUGCUCAGGACAAACACCCUUGUAUAAAACAGCUUACUCACAAUGACAGCCAGAUGAACAUGUUUCAUGUUGCUUUAAUGAUAUAUUAAACCCACAAGUCCUGGUUUUCUAUGUGUGGUAGCCUUUCACAAAUUUUGAAGCUCUAAAACAAGGUAUUUACAAUGUUACAUGUUUUGCUACAGCAAUGGCUACAUUGUGCUAGUGUGUGUUUUAUGAGGUAUGACCUUCAAUAUGACCUUUCUUUAUUGAGUUUUUGUCCUCAGUAUCAAAACAGCUGCCCACUUGCGAAUGUGAAAGGAAAUGAUCAAUACUAAAAGCUACUUCUAUAGUAGAUGCUAAAGAAUAAAAAAUCAGUAUCAGCUAAAAAAACAAAAACAAAAACAAAACAAAACAUUUUCUUUAUCAGUUUAAUUAUCUAUAUUUUUUUUUUGCUUACCCGGUUGGUGAAUUGUUUUUCAUUGUUUUAAGCAUAAAUUUGGUGAGAUAAACAAGUUCUUUUUCAAAAAGACCUUAUAUCUUACACAAUUUUGCUUCUACAUUUACUGUUAAUAAAAAACAAAAAACUAAAAUAAUCAAAAACCAAAAAAAUUGAUUAAUAAAAUGAUUUUUUGCAGUGCAAUUUAAGUUGCAACGCCAUGCAAUAUUUCACAGGGUGAAACUAAACUAAAUGGUCAACAUUCAGCAUAAUAUGACAAGUCCAUUUAAUUACACAAGUAUAUUUCCACUCACAGAGCUUGAAAUGAAUUUCAUCAAGCAACUAACAACAGACCAACACUAACCACCCACCUGGGUAUCUUACAUGAUAAUUACAGAUCUCGACAAUCUCCCUCCUUUUUAAAAUCAGAGCAAAGAGAAUGGGAGAGAAUGGGAGAGGUGAGAACGAGAGCCGGAGACAAAAGCGAGAGCGUUCACCCACUCACCUCAUCCAUCACUUUGCUCUGUGGGGGCAAAUAAGAGUGCCUGAUUAAAUAAAGAAGGCAUAAUAUAAGAUGAUUUAAAUAAAUUAAAUGUUUCAUGAAGGUAGAUUAUAGCCAAAGUCUUCCACUAUCACAGAGAAAAAGAGAUGAUCCCCUCAACAUCGUCCACUCUCCAAAAAUACAGUACUAUGCUACACUACGUCAUGAAACCAUUAUAUAACCCACAGCCACACAGCUGAUUGUUUUUAAAUUGCUGUCUGGUCAUGAAAGGAAAAUUGAGUCAUUAUUCACACUAUUUUAUGCAGCAGCAUGGCUGGUUCCAGGUCACGUCCUCAUAACCUCUUCAGUUGGGUUUCUGAGGGUGAAAGUGAGUCAUGACAGCUCAUGCUGAUUUCAGCUCUUCAGAAAUGAAGGCAACAUGGAUAUAAAAUAGUGAGGUACUUUAUUGCAAAUGAGCUUAGCCUUGCAGGAAAAACCAGGUCAUACCAGUUUAAGGUGCUCAAGCUGAUUUUUUAAAAUUAUGCUAGCUGAUUUUUGCUGGUCCAAAGAGGUGUACCAGCUCUAACCUGCUUGACUAAUUUGAUCUACAGGUCAAAACCAAUACAAGCAGGUUUUCCCGCUGAUCAACCAACCAGCUUGACCAUUAAUGAUCACCUUGGACCAACAACCAUGUAAAACCAUCUCUGACCAGAUCUAGAUUUUCCAGCAGAGAAAGAAAAUAAGCGGGUGAUGCAACUAAAGACGACAUAGAAAUACAAACCUACAUCAACCUUCUUUUGAAACGCAAUAAAUAAAUGUCUUCUCAGCAAUAGGAUCCAGAAGUGUACCUCAAUGAAUUAGAGCUAUCUGUAAUAAAGUAAUAAACCUGAGUGAUGAUGUGUAACUUUGUGCAGCUGGAUGUGAGAGAGUGAAAGAAAUCUGAAGAUAUUUACAUCGAUGAGUUCCAGGAAAACAGGUGCAUUUUAUAACCAUUAAGGCCCAUUAAGGAAAGUUUACACUAGUGCGUUUUCGUUUUAAAACGCAUACGUUUUGCUGCGGUUAUGCUUGUCAUUUACACUACGCUGGCGUUUGGAACCUCGAAAACGGAGACUUUUGAAAACGUUUUAUGCCCCGUUUACACUAGUGUGUUUUCGUUUUAAAACGCAUUAGUUUUGCUACGGUUCCGGCUGUCGUUUACACUACGGCGGCGUUUUCAAACCUCGAAAACGGAGACUUUCGAAAACGCUGCAGAGCCCGUUUUAGUUUGAAAACGCCGGAGUUGCGUUUCAAUGUAAACGUAACAAAAUGGAGACUUUUGAAAAUGAUGGCGUGGCUGCCUGCAUUCGCUUUGCGUAUCCUUGACGAUCGUGUAAACAAUAACAUGGAGACUGAACUGCAAUCUUUGCUGGCUUUGUUGUCAUUUUUAGCAGCCAUUGUGCAGUUAAACUCUGCAUUUUUUUAAUACUGCAGCUGCCUACAUGCGCAAGAGGCAGCUGUCUACACUUGUACGCGCAUGCAGUGUCCAUGAACGGUCAUGUGACAUGCGUUUUCGGCUGUGUAGUGUAGACGGAGAUUGUUUCUGAAACGCCAGUGCAGACGAGGAUCAUUUUCAUUUUAAAUCGCUGUUUUAAAACAAAAACGCACUAGUGUAAACGGGGCCUAAAUCUGUAUCAAAUGUCACCUUAAGCUGCAUAAAGUUAUUAGAUUACAUAAUUCAAACAGGGAGAGGGAGAAUCAGGGAAACGAUUCAACACUGGCAUGACAUGAGGAUAUAACUGAUUAAGUGUAAUAUUUAGAGGUGAAUCUUUUUCUGUCAGAAGCUGUGUAAUCUACUGUAGCAUGAAACAAAUGUCAUUGCAAUGCGAGGGAGUGAAGUGUGAGUUCACUGAUUAAUAUCAACUAUCCACACUCUGCACUCUAAUGGUCAACUGUAUUUAAGCACAAAAUAAAGUAAGAAAUAAGAAUGAAACUUCAUUUGAGUAAUAGGCAAGGUGAAGUUACUUUAUUACUAUUGUAAAUUAUUCAAAUGCUGUUAUAUAACAAAUCUUGCUCGAGCUUUACGGGUAUCCCGCUGUCUGUCAUCGGAUGAGGAUCAUAACACACAUAACCAUGGUGACAAAUGUAACCACGGUAACAGUCUAUCUAUAAUUAUUGGUCGUAUAGGCCUAUCUAUAGAUUUGUUUCUUUCUUGUUCCACUGUUGCACCUUAGAAAUCCACGAUUGCUUAUUUACCAGCAUUUCUUCAAUUUACCAUAAAUUCAAGCUAUCAAAGUUUUUCAGAUCUGUAAUUCUAAAGCACAACAGCAUAAGAAUUUUGGAUUGUAACUUUAAAAACUAAGAAUUAAUUAAGCAAACACAUAGGCUACGAACUCUGUUCCUACGGCCAUUGAGAAGGAGAGCAAGACCACAUGCCCCAGUUUCACUAGUCAACUUCUGUGCUUUGUGUUCCACUCCAGGGAAUGUCUCUAAUUGCCAUCUCUCUUUUAGUACAUUAUAACUAUGGGAACAAGAAGCAUGCGUGCCCUAUAGGUUCAAGCCUAAAAGCUUUGAGAAUACUUGUCACAUACAAAGGUCAAAGAGAUCGUGUACAUUUGCCUUCUGAGAAGGCUGGUAAUUAACGCCAAAUAUAACACAGAACCAGGAGAGAACAUGGAAGCGCGGAUUCAGCAUUUACGCGUCUACUCGAGCACUCCUUACAUAAUCCACAAAAAUGGUAAUGAUGCAGGGAUUUAAAAUAUAGAUCCGAGUACUGAAGGUUUAACAUUAACAUUUUUAAAAAAAAUUAAUGUGAACAUUAAGUUUUGAUAUUGAGCUCAAGACUUUUGGAAAGACAAAACAAUCAAUCAAUGCAUAUCACAGUAAAACAGCACACCAUGUCACUGACAAGAUUUCAUCUCAGCAAUAGGAUCCAGAAGUGUACCUUAAUAAAUCAGAACUGCACAAUCAGGGAGUUUAUAUUCUACAAUUAAACAGGAAAAAGUAUUAAACCUGAGUAGUGAUGUUACUUUGUGUAUAGCUGGAUGUAAGAGAGUGUGAAAGAUAAGUAUAUAUACACCACUGAGUUCUAGGAAAACGGGUCCAUUAAAUCUGUAUCAAAUCUCACCUUCAACUGCAUGAAGUCUUAAAUUAUGAAGUAUUAAAUUAUGUGAUUACAGUA